AUGCAACCCCAUCACAUUGCACUUCUGCUGGGCAUUGCAGCAGCAGAGUUCUAUGAGCCUUGCACGCCUGCGCAAGCUCUCCAGGCAUUGCACAAAGUUCGCUCGCUGGAUGCGGCGUCCGACGCCUUCAGACACUUUUGUCAAUCGUGCCCGCACCAGAAUUCCACAGUUGUUUGCUGCGGCUGCUUUACCGGGCUCUUGGCACUUGACGCCGGAAUUCAACAUGAGCUUACGACCCUUAAGGUGCUCCAUCAAGCCGAUGUGGACAAGCUGCAAAACCUGUCAACAGCCUUGCAGCUCUAUCGUGUGAAACUUCGUUCCGGUCCUGGCCUCGCAACAGCUCGAGCAGCUUUGCAGGAGAAAUUCGCAGACCUCCAGCGACGUAUUGGCUUUACCGGCCAAAUCGCGUUGCGUUUGGCAGAUGAGCGAUGGAGUGAUUCUCUGACUGAUCGAACUGCCGGCCUCAUGAGUGAAAUCUUCUUCUACUUUAAGGAGCUGCAAACUAUGCCACUCUACAAGAUGCUGGUGGAAAACCACAAUAUGUGCUUGCUGGACAUUUUUGCCGGAAGGUGCGAAAAGAGGAACCUCCCCAUCUUUGAAAAGUUCCCCGCCGUGAAGGGGCCUCCGCAAGAGGGUUUUAUGUUGGAUUUUCUUGGUGUGUCCAUGCCAAUCAAGGCUAGUUGUGAAGAGCCUCAGUUGGCUUUGCUAGCACCAGGACGAACCAUGAUGUGCAGAUACUAUCUGGCAGGAAUGCCUUUGCCUCGGGUUUGGCCGGUGUUGGACGAGGAGUACUUGGAAUGGGCGGAUAGUCUCACGACGGCAGUUGAUGCAGCACAGGCCGGGAGGCCAUUCCGUAUGGCUGAGUUGGGCAGUGGGCCUUACGGAAUUUGGGCCAUGCGUGCAGCAAAAGCCUAUACGAAGUUUGCUGCCACUGACCAGCCCUGUGAACUCUUGCUUGUGGAGCCCUAUCAUAUCGGGGAUGGCUCCAUAUUGCAAAUGCACACAGCAAUGAAUUUGCCCCUUGGACGCUGCAAAUUCCUGGUGCACACGGAGCUUCUGAGUACGAGCGACCAGCUCAAAGCUUUGCUGGGCUCCGGCGGCGUUUGGGAUCUGGUUGACAUAGAUGCACAGGGAGCAGAGGAGUACAUUCUAUCAGGGUUGUUGGGUUGGCUGUCGACUCGAGUUCGUCGUUUACAUGUGUCAACACACUCGCGACGGAUUCAUUGGCAGCUCUUGGACGAGCUGGGAAGUGACGGCUGGCAGGUCCAGGCUCACUAUCCCACCAUGUCCACGGUGGGACUGCAAAGCUUUGGUUUAGGGCGAUUUCUGACUUGUGAUGGCCACAUCAGUGCAUUGCCUCGUUUUUGGCAGUGGACAUAA